GGAAGGUGUGCCGAUCGAUGCUGAUCUAAGCUUCUUUGCUUUCUGCGAAUGCAGGGAGAAGCUGCGUUCUAAGAUUCCGAGAAAAGUUCUCUUGCUGAAGAGCACAAGGGUCGAAGGGCAGUCACGAGUCUGUCUAAGGUCCGUCUAAGGCCGAGCUCCAGCUAGCAUCUUCCUCAAAGGGCUCUCAUUCCCAUAAAGGUCGAGCGGACCAGCAUUGCUCUCUGCUUACUAGCUCACAUUUGCAACAGAUAUACUGUUGCACUCUGCAGAUUCGGGACCAAACAUUCAGCAAGAUGGACGAAACUUAUGUGAUGGAUAAAGAGGAUCCGAACCAGGCACAAGCUGAGAUAAACAAGUUCGAGGCCCGGCUAGAGAACAAGAAGUCGUCGCUGAUUGCCCCUGCUCCUCAUGUGCACCUUUCUGGUCGGCGAAAAGCCGCAUCCGCCAACAACUCCCCAGUAGGCCAGGCGAAGCAGCCCAAGAGACCGCUCUCAGCUCGGUCGAGGGGCGUACCGCCCCCACCAUCAGAAGAAGAGGUUGUGGUUGAGGAGGAUAAGAAAGCUGUCAAGGAGCUUGACGAGUUCGACAGAUUGCACGGAGGAGCGGAGUCCGACUCCGAGUAGCGCCCAAGCUCCAUGAAUAUCGGCCAUCUGUAGUCUUGUGCUCUGGGUCGUCAGUCACAAGUCGGACAACAAGGACUCUCCAGUGGGGCCAUUGGGGCAAAACGAGUUGAGCUUUUUCUAGCGGCAGACUCCUUUCGAUCACGUUCAUGCGUGAAAGCUGACGAAGCGUGCUUCCUCGGUCCUUGUACAUGGACAAGAUUCAUCAGGACUGCGACGCAUGCGACAGCAAUAAGAUUC